CAAGAACAACGUUGUCGUCAAGAGGGUCGUCAAACAAGACCAUGCCUACUAGCGUCGUUGUUAGGGGAGCGCGACGUCCGUAUCCUAGCAGAAGCAGUUUACCUGGUUCAGUUUUGUUUGAAAAACAUUUAGGACGAGGCUUUUUGACUUGGUGAAAAGUGGACUCAUCGUGCUACGCAAAAUGUCCUCCGAGGAAGUGGGCGAAAUAACGAACCUGGAACCGGCGGCCAUCAUCGGGUUCGAUGGUCACGUCAUCGCCGGUCUGCGCGUCCACCCGGACCAGAAGCACCUGGUCUUCCCGCUCGGAAACGAAAUCUCGAUCUACGAGCUGGAAACGAACCGGCAGACGUUUCUGCGCGGCCACACCAACACCAUCUCGACGGUGGACAUAUCGCCGACGGGGAAGAUGGUCGCUUCCGGCCAGACCAACCACAUGGGUUUCCGGGCGUACGUCAUCAUCUGGGACUGGCAGAGCCGCAAGGAGAUUUCCCGGUACGAGCUGCACCGGGUCAAGGUCCAGUCGCUGUGCUUCAGCUCAAACGAGCAAUAUCUGGUCAGCUUGGGCGGGAAGGAUUGCGGCUCGAUAAUCGUGUGGGACAUUGAGCAAAACAUUGCCAUUUGUGGAACGAUUGCAACCAAGGAAACCACCGGAGAUGCGCUGAACGUGUGCGCCCUGAGGCAGCGUUGGACGGUGUUUGUGUCCGGGGGUGAUCAAAACCUUCGCGUCUGGCACAUUGACCGCGACCGGAAGCGGCUGGAGGUGCAGGACGUGGCCGUUGGCAAGCUGCGGCGCGAGUUCACCGGUAUGUGCAUCACCGAAGACGACGAGGUUCUGUACGUGGGCACCAUGUCGGGGGACAUCGUCAAGAUCCGGCUGAACGUGAGCUCCAAUCCGAACGCGUCGGCCCAGGACAAACUUCCGGUGCUGUUGGGAUGCUUCGGGAAGCACAAUCCGCGAAAGCCGGUCGGGAAGGACUGCGAGAAGUAUCACUACGGGGUGCGGGAUUUGCUGAUCUUGCCGAACGGGUGCUUGGUUAUUGCGGCGGGGGACGGGACGAUCGACAUGGUGCAGGAGCGUAACCGACGGUGCAGCUCACCAUGUGACUGGAAAAUUGUGGUGUGCAAGACGGUGCAUGGCUUUCCGUUUAUGGCUUAA